AUGGCCUGUACUGAACAUCCUAGCUCAAACUCUGUUGACCCUCACUCCUAUGCGGCGAUAGAGCUGCCACAAGGUUUGGCGCAGAACGGUGGUCGCAUUGACGUUGACAAUCUUGGUUUGCUGCGACCCUCUGCACCUUGGCUUCCAUUGGACGAACUGCGCCGUCGAUUCGAAGAGGAUGGAUACCUCUUUGUAAAAGGACUUUUACCCCGUGAGGAUGUUCUAGACGCUAGGGAGAACUACUUCAAAGCCUACGCCAACACAUCUCUUCUGCAAGCGGGGUCUUCCCCGCGGGAUGGUAUCUUCAACAGCUCGUCUCACCCCGAUCUACACAAGGGUAUUGGUGGUCAAGGCCUGCCAGCUGAUCCUGUCGAGGCUAAAAUUCUUAUUGACGCCCACUCCGACUCCAAGUACCGUGCCUUUGUCGAGCAUCCCGCUUUGACGCAAUUCAUCCGGCUAUUGAUGGGCUGGAAACAUCAUGUCCUGUUGGACCGAACAAUGCUGCGUCAUAAUGUUCCUUUUGGGAUGGGUACUGGCAUUCACUAUGAUAAGCUUUUUCUGCGCGGAGGCGAUGGAUACUGCCUCACUGCGUGGGUCCCAUUUGGCGAUAUCUCAAUCAAUGGUGGAGGGUUGUGCUAUCUGGAGAAAUCUGUAGCUCUGGGAAAUGAGAUUGAGGAGGAUUUUACCACUCGCGCUGCUGGGUUCACGACCGAGCAGCGCCUUUCCGCCUAUAACGUCAACAUGAUGGCUGGUGGAAUGCUGGCGAAGUCGCCCGACGAGUUCGUGUUAGUUCAUCCGACCUCCAGGUCUCAGAAGUGGCUGGCCACUAGUUAUGAGGCGGGCGACGUGGUGUUCCACCAUCCGUAUACCAUCCAUGCGAGUGGGCGAAACGAGGAUGCGCAGGGGCGCAUUCGGUUGAGUACGGACUUGCGUUUCUAUGAGGAAGGAGAUGCGGAAAUGGAUAAGCGGUGGUUCAAGAUCUGGGAUCCCAAUGAUGGGCUGUAA